AUGCAACACUACCUUGAGCCGAUUGUGCAACGAUCCAUACUCACCAUGUACACUGCAGUGCUGAUCCCUAUCAAAUACCUGGCAUCUGGAAUAUCGUACGUAGACAUCUCGUACCUGUUCGGCAUCUCCAAAACUCUCUGCCACGAGGUGGUCGACGUGUUCCUCUCGCACUUCCCCUCCGUCUUCAAGGCCGCCUGGGUGCGGUUCCCCACCCGUGAAGAGCUUCCAGAGAUGGCGCGGGAGUUUGCAGCCGUCAAGGGUGUACCUGCUGUGGUGGGUGCUGUGGACGGCACUCACAUACACAUGAAGGGGAUGGAGGGGCACAGGACAGAAUACUGGACAAGGAAAUCCGCAUAUGCUGAGUCUGCAUUACUUGAGCGGUUACAGAACGGGGACAUAGCCCCAUACCAGAUCGUUGGCGAUGCGGCCUACCCACUACGGGAGUACUGCCUAACACCCCUGCAUGCCCCACGAGGAGAGGACCUCAUGGACGACUGGGCACAAACUUUCAACUACUGCCAAAGCGCCACACGCAUGGCCGUCGAGAGAUGCAUUGGCGCGUUCAAGGGGAGAUGGCGCAUCUUCGGCUAG